AAAAGAAACUGAUGAUCUCAGAACGUUGUCUCUCGAUUACGCUGCGACUUGAUAAUUCUCAGCGAGUGGAGAUUUAAGAACUGAAUCAUCAUCAGUGAGUCUCCUCCGAUCGAAUCGAGUUAGGUAGGGAUGGGGAGUAACAACGGGGAAUUGAAGUAUGAGAUCUCGCAGAACGCGUACAUCAAACUGGUUCUCCACUCGCUGCGACACAAGACGGCGGCGGUCAACGGAGUCCUCGUCGGUCGAAUCAGCCCCAAGGACGAAGGCCUCGUGGAGAUCUCCGAUUCCGUGCCGCUCUUUCACUCUAACCUCGCUCUCCUUCCUCCUCUCGAGAUCUCCCUCAUCAUGAUAGAGGAGCAUUACGUGGCUCAAGGUUUGAGUAUUGUUGGCUACUUUCACGCCAACGAGAGGUUUGAUGAUGUGGAUCUCUGUGGUGUGGCUAAGAACAUUGGUGAUCACAUCUCUCGCUAUUUCCCUCCUGCACCUAUUCUCUUGUUGAAUAACAAAAAGCUUGAAGCCUUAUCAAAGGUUAAAGAUCGAAGCCCUGUGAUGCAGCUUUGUGUGAAAGAUGCUUCCAAGAACUGGAGAGUGGUUGGAGCUGAUGGAGGAAGCAAGCUACUCUUGAAAGAGCCCUCAGCCAAUGUAGUUUUGUCAGAUUACAUUUCAUCUGAGAAAUGGAAGGACAUCACAGAUGUUGAUGAUCAUCUUGAUGAUAUCACCAAGGACUGGCUAAACCCUGGACUUUUCAACUGAAGACUACGGGUAAUGCAAUAUAGUUUUCCUUUCAUAAUUUUCAAUCGAGAAACAAAACAAAACAAAAAACUCUCAGAAAACCUUGUUGACAAUUUUCAUCGACUCUUGUUCAAGAAUUACGCAGCGUAGCUCAAGUUAUUUGAAUUGGUUACAUCUUUAAACCCUAGUUUUUUUUAUAACUUGAAUGAUAUCUUUUGUGGAUUGUCCUCGUGAUCCAA